AAACCCCGCCAGUGGGAGUCAGAAGACUCGACGUAUCCAAACAGGGUCCACAACUUUACCGCAGCAGCAACAAUCUGAACAAAGGGCAAACUUUGCAUUGACGAGUUGUUGCAGUCGCAGGGGGCUCGAGGAGCAGUGCGCUCGUUAGGACAUUCUUUGGGGGAUUUUUAAAAAAAAGGGGGGGCGGGGGGGGUACUCAGAUUAGUGUCUUUGUGCCGUUUCACGUGAAAGCGCCUUUAUAAGGCGGCCUUUUUGUGCGCAACGAGAAGAGGACUUGAUCGUGGGCAAAAGGGUGUGAAAGUUUGUGCAUUUUAUUUUUUUUAAACAUGGCAGCGUUUGCGUUACCGGAGGGAUUCACGGAGUUUGACAUGUUUACAUUCGGCUCUGCGCUUCUGGUGGGGGGCCUGAUUGGCUUCUUCCUCAAUGCCAUCAGCAUCGUGUCUUUCCUUAGGGUGAAGGAGAUGUGGAAUCCCAGCAACUUCUUUGUGUUCAACCUGGCUGUGGCCGACAUCUGUUUGAACAUGAAUGGCCUCACAGCGGCCUAUGCAAGCUACCUCAGAUAUUGGCCUUUUGGUCAAGAUGGAUGCACCUAUCAUGCGUUUCAGGGCAUGGUGGCGGUACUGGCCUCCAUCAGCUUCAUGGGCGUCAUCGCGUGGGACAGAUAUCACCAGUACUGCACCAGACAGAAGCUCUUCUGGAGCACUACUUUGACGAUGAGCGCCAUCAUCUGGAUCCUUUCCAUCUUCUGGGCUGCUGUUCCCCUCAUGGGAUGGGGCGUCUAUGACUUUGAGCCUAUGAGGACGUGCUGCACGCUGGACUACACCAGAGGGGACAGGGACUAUGUGACCUACAUGCUGACUCUGGUGUUCCUUUAUCUGAUGUUCCCAGCGCUCACCAUGUGGUCAUGUUAUGAUGCCAUCCACAAACACUUUAAGAAGAUCCAUCUCCACAGGUUCAACACCAGUACGCCCCUGAGGGUAUUGCUGAUGUGUUGGGGCCCCUACGUCAUCAUGUGUAUCUACGCCUGCUUUGAGAACGUGAAGGUUGUAUCUCCAAAGCUUAGAAUGUUGCUUCCAGUUGUUGCAAAGACAAAUCCCAUCUUCAACGCCCUCCUCUACUCGUUUGGGAAUGAGUUCUACCGCGGCGGCGUGUGGCACUUCCUCACCGGGCAGAAGAUGGUUGAUCCGGUUGUCAAGAAGUCAAAAUAAAAGGAAACUACUUAUGUCAUCAUCAGAUCCUCCUUUGCUUGGAUGUUGUAAACAUCAAUGAGCCCUUCAGAUGUCUGUACAGCUGGUAUAUAUUGUGGACCUGAGCUAAAACUCAUCACAUUCUCUACAUUUGGAGCCUCCUGCUGGAUAUGUCUUCAGCCAUUUUCUGUGUUCAAAUCACAGGAUCAUUUCUACAUUUGUCGUAAAGCUGCAAUGCUUGUUCGUCUGUGCCGCACCACUUACAAUAAACCCAUUGUGCUGCUUCUCUGCCACUGAAUGCUGCAUCUACUGUAACUUGUUGUU